GCUAACCACACGACCAGGCAGUCACCCAUUAUAAAACCUUGUUAAUGAAAAAUGUUUAAAACCUGCUGAUUAGCAUUAUUAGCUGGCACAUUUUGUUCUGUUGCAACCGCAUUAGCAUCCGCCAUGAUGAAUAAACUUGUGAUAGUAGGAGAUAAAAAAAAAUAAUCGCCUUGGCCAGAAACAACAGGAAUUAAAAUGGCUAUGUCUAGUCAAGUCAGAACAGUGAUUGAAUUAUUUUGUACAAUAUUGCAACAGAACAAUGUUUCCUGCAUCCGGGCUGAGAUGUUGAGACAGGCAAAGUAUAACAAAGACUCUGCAACAUCCUCAAUGUGGAAACUUCUCUUUGAUCUGAUUACAUUCUGCAAAUCUGAAGACAACAAAAUAACUCCACAGAAUGCUAAAGAUGAAGUUCUCUAUGUGAAAACAGAGCUUCAAAAGUUUGGGUAUCUGAGCUGCCGACUGUCAGUGUUGCCGCCUGACAUGUCUUCUGGGAGCCGAGAAUUGCUGCUAGCUUUGGGCUGGCUGCUCCAUCAACAAAAAGUGUUUGAUAAAAUCAUGUCACGUAGAUCUGAUCCACUCCACCAGCCGCUGAGAAAUUUUGUUAAACUUAAUGUUGACAGCCCUGAGCCACUCAACACCAAUGCCUUGGGUGAUGCUAUAUUCAAAUUACCACCAAGGGACGCAAUCCAACAGCAACUCAUGCUCUGUAAUAAACUACACUUGGCCUGCAGGAGACUGCACUCUUUCAGCCAAGAGCUAAGAUGUCUAACUCAUAAAAUCCAUCAAUAUACUCAAGGUGUGAGUCUUCAGACAGAGUUGAAUCAUUUGACUCCUUUAGAAGUUUAUUUGCUGAGACACCCAGAGAGUUUAAAGCAGAUGAUGUUUGAGCUGGAGAAAGACAACCUUGAACUUGAAAAUUUAUUCAGCUGGAAGGCCACUGAACAUGUAUUUUGGGAAUGGAUGCAAAGUGUUUUGAAUCUUCACAUUCAAGAGAGUGCUACCAUAGAUAAGAAAAUCUCUAGAACAGAAGAGGUUCACUUGUCCUUGCCUACAAAUAUUGCAAAGGAAAUAGUUUCAAUAAGAUCUUCAGUGAGGGAGUUUAUUUUUCAUCAUGAGUCUGAGAUUGAACGUCUGGACCAGCUUUUACUGGAAAAGAUAAUAAAGUGCACAUUUUCCUACCGUAGAAAUGAUCAUAAACUGGCUUUUCUGUCGUGUUGGGACUUCAAUAUAUUGAUUUCAUUUCAGAAAAUCGCACCAAGUGAAAUUCACGUCCUGGCCUCCCAAGUGGAUUCUGAAUUAACCCAGUUAGCAGGACGGCUGCGUCACUGCGGAAGAGGCUGGGAUUUCACCAGCGAUGACAUGUCAUCCAGUGAUGGUACUGUUACAUCCAUCGAGCCGUCUAGUGCAGCUCUUUCUGAUGGUUUUUCUAAAAAGUCCCGUCCUAAGUUUACUCCCCAGUCUGAGAAAGGAAUCAAAGCUGUGAAACUAGAAAGUUUGCAACAGGAGGUGACAAAAGAGAGACAGCUCUUGGAGCAGCGGAUCAAACAAUUAGAAACUCAACUAAAACAACUUCAGUUGGACACUCUAGCCAAGUUACAGACAUGUUUGGUCACUGACCCUAAUAUUAUAUGUAUACAACCUAGAGGUUUGAAACAAUUAUUAAACAACUAAAUUAUAUCACAUUGA